GCACAGGCCUGAUGGCAGCGUCAGCAACGACCCCCUGGCUGCUGCUGCCUGUGGGUGACACAGUCUUCACAACAACAUCUCCGGCAAGGUGUCUGAUGAUAGUCUUUACCGUUCAGCCACCCUUUUCAGCCGCUUGAAGAAGGGCUUGUCCAGAAGGUGGCACUGACCCACAAACUGAAAGGUCAAGGGUUGUUUGGGUGGAGGCUCAAUGGAUCAUGGUGGCCAGUUUGAGAGGGAGGGUAGAACAAUGUCACAGGUUCAGACGGGCGGGGUGGACCUCUGCGAUAACCUACCCAACCCUGAAGCCCUCGCUGCCCAAACUCGAAACCUCAACGAGACAGAUACUCUCACACAGGCUCGAAGUGUCUCUCCUUCACAAAAUGAAGAUGGAGGAAGGUGUGGUUCCAUCCAAAAAACCUCUCUGAACAACAAUGGCAAGGAAGAGGAGAUGAGACAGGGAAAGGAUGGAUACACAGGAAGAAGCAGAGAGGAGGAAGAGGAAGAAGAUAUUGAUGAAAUGAUGAAGGAAGAAGACGAGGAGGAAGAAUCGGAGGAGUCAAGCUGUCUAAAUUUCUGUCAGUCUCCAGACACUCCCAUGACGGACUCUUCAUAUUCAGAAACUGGGAGCCUGUUGGAGACUCCUUAUCCUUUUAGUCCUGGAACAAGUCCAGAGCCUACAUCCCCAGUCAUUCCAGCGGUCAGUCCAGAAACUGUAUAUCCCAUCAGUUCAGCUGAAUUGAUCCAGAGCGAUGCUGAAAUGGACACUCAUAACUUGCUCACUAGAUCAGGUGCCUCCUCCACAGGAUCUACUUUCACUACGGGACCUAUGGAUUGUACAUCACAAACUAUAACCUCAGGCACUGAGCCUACAUGUCUCACUGAAAGAAUAGCAAAAAACACAAACUCCACCACAGAACAACUUACCUCAUCCACAGAGCCUGUCUUAAACUGUGGGUCAAAAGGUGCUAGAGGGUCUGCCAGUUCACACACAGGACCUAACACCUCAGCUGCAGAGACCUUUACAUUAACUGCAUUAGCAAAGCUCAACACUUCCACUGCCUCCACUCCUGUGAGUGCAUCACAAGAGCCCCUUAACUUCACCGCAGGACUUACAACUACUGGAACAGACUCCACCUCCACCACAAAUCAGGAACGCAUUACCUCCACUCCAGUGACCACUUGUUUCUCAGUCUCCGCCUGCGCCUCAGGGCCCAUUCCAGGCCCUGCUCUGCUGGAGACCCUUGAGCAGUUGGCACAAAGAGGAGAUGACAUCCACCUUCCACAGUCCCUUCACCAGGUUGCUGAGGCCUUUGUCCUUCACGGAGACUACCAGCGGGCAUUAUGGUGCAUCCAGCUAGAGAGACUCUAUCACCAGAGAGUACUGGAUAACUUGAAUGCACUUCAACAACAGUGGGCAAGUCAGUUUAAAAGGACACCCUCUGACCUGGCAACCCAACAUCUGGACUCUCUUAAACACAUAUGCCAGACACACAAUCGACCAAGGACUAGAGAUGCUGAGUGUGCCUCUCUGAACUUUGUGGGACCUAAAUUUGAAGAAGGUGGUGCUCUCCAUUCAUAUACCUCAGCCCAUCAGGUUGAAGGAGGGAUGGAGCAAAGAGCCGAAGACUCCUCUUGUUCAGUCAUGCCCUCCGUUAAUUUGCCUGAUGGGCUCAGUUCCCCUGAGCUCUCAGGCAAGGACAGGGAACACCCAGCAAGGGAGUCAGAGGGGAGGAAUGGUUUCCAUGGAUCUCAGCACACUGAUGAGCAAGGCAAUGACAGAGAGGGAAGAGAGGCAGAAGGAGGGGUAGGAUGCACCAUUUCAGGAGAUGGACUGCACCCCUCUACAGCUGGAGGAAUGGAUCAGUCCAAGCCUGCAGAGCAGCAGGGACAAGAUUUAGGUCCAGCACAGGAAACGGAGGCAAAAGAGGGAGAAGAGGGGAACGACGUGGAAGAGGCGACAGAGGCUUUGGAAAUGGAAGAUGAUGGAGAGGAAGAAGAGGGGGAAGAGAAAAAGAAGGAAAGAGACACCUUGUUGAGUCAGAAAACUCUCCCAGUAGAGACUGUGUGCAGUGGGGCAGAGGUGGAGGUACAACAGCUGCAUCAGGAUGCUGGUGCUCAGAAGCAGCUACAUGUGGAGACCCAGGAGAGCACUAAAGCCUCCCUGUACCAGGAGGUACCCCUUCCCCAUGAGGCUUAUAUGAAGCAGCAGGAACUGUAUGCAGAGAUGAAGGAGGUGGAAGAGGAGGAGGACUAUGAUUUAGACCAAGCUGACAUCAUUAGAGAAGCUCCAUCUCUGGAUGAAAUGGCAAAACUCAUCACUGUAGAAGAGAUAUCCCCCGCCUCUGGCCUCGUCUCCAUACUGAAGAAACGAAGCGUCUGUGUGGACGUUAGUACUUCUUCUAGCUCAGAGCCUCAACCUGAGAAACCCACUGCCAAAAGGCGUGUCCGCUUUAAAGUUCCUGAGGACCACUAUGAGCCUGAUGUUGGCAGUGGGGACUCCUGCCUGCUUCUCUUCCUGCUUUGCCUGGUUACUGUUUUCAUCAGUGUGGGUGGCACCGCCCUUUACUGUGCUUUGGGCGAUGCCCAAUCCUCAGUCUGUCAGGACUUCUUCAGAAAUGCAGACUUCUACAUUAAGCAGAUACAGCAUGGGAUAACUCAGAUCCAACACUGGUACACCCCUGGGUCAUAGCAGAAAAUGUGGAGCCACUUGCCUUAGUGUUUAUCACUGUAGGCUCAUACGAUCUCUGCUACUUCCUGGAACAAUGUUUUUAUGGUCAUGGUGCCAGGCAGUCACUACAGUUCCUGCUGCUAUCUGGGGAAAGUAACUGUUAUUAUCUGAACAUCUAUAUCAGAUACAGCUGGCAUUUAUAACCCUGCUCUGCUGCAUUUUUAAUGCUCUGUGUCUACAGAUCCAGGGUUCACUCAAAGUUGUAGGUUGGAUGUCUCUUUACAACACUAGAUUGAAAGACUGAGCAGGAAAAGUAAAAGAAUAACUGACCCCUCUCAACCUUGUCCAGAUUGAAUAAGUACUAAUUUAUCAGGCUCAAGUCAGAAAUGAAAUAGCAGAAAGCUGUUAUUGUUAAGUUUUAAAAGUAACUCAUAGAUAAUUAACCAUGACCAAAUGUAAACUUGCUCACAUUGCUCUCUGAGAAUCAGCUCCCUGAGUUAAACACAUGUAAAUAUAUAAAUAUAUACAUACGUGCAGUUUGUUAAAUAGGGAACACAAAAGAUGCCCUCUACACACUGCACACUGGAAUAGGUUUAGUGGGUAUUUCAAAAACGGUUGCUUUUAUUGUUUGGUUUUUAUGUUUUUGUUUUUUUUUUUUUUUAAUGUAAAAAGAAAUUUUAAAAAGAACAAAUCAUUCUGUGGUCUCCUAUUUGGAAUGAAAUCUUCAUGUCUUGAUUAUGUCUUAAAAGUUUUGAAUGAAUGUAUAGAGAUUAAUGUUAGACUUUGCAUUGUGUCACCUGUGAGGCAUUUGAAUAUUGUCAGAAAAUAUAUUGAAAGGGGUAUUUUGGUAUUUGUCAUAACUGAGCUGCUAAUGGAAACACAUCAAAUAUGUUCUAUCAGGAAAAUGGUAUAAACUAAAUCCUGACCCCCUCAGAAUCAGCUGUUCUUUUUAUUGUAAUAACUUUAAUGAAUUUAAAUUUAGGUGACCAAAUACAGACCUCUUGAAUUACAAUGGAUCAAAAAUAUUGCCCCCCCCCCACCCCCCCAGCAUUUUCUAUCCCUCAUAAUUUUAUAAAUACAGGAGAUAGUUACAUGAUAUUUCCAGGACUGAAAAAAACAUUUAAGCUGUUGAAAAACAUCCAGGUUAUUAGCACUCAUUUCUACUGCUCUUGGUCAUAGACCUUAAAUUGCUGCAGUUUUAUAAGUAAAGCUAAGAUGCACAUAAACAAAAAAACAACUUUGGCUUUAUAAAAUUCCAACCCAUCCCCUAUAAUUUUGAAAAUAUUCAAAGUUUGGGAGGUAAAAUUUUGAAUGCCUUCAUUAGAUAUACUAAAGUUAAAAAUAACGUCAGCUGUUUCUUACGGGGUCACGUGGGAGGCGUGAACCCACCCCUGCAUCUUUGUUAGCUGUACAGUUGUGUUUUUCUCCCUGUACAUAUUUGACAUGAUGGUCCCGGUGCCACCCUCUUGUGUGUAACUACCAACAGUGGGUUAACAGCGGGCAGACAUCGGUUUAUGGCAGUGUUUCUCAAACUAUGGGGCGUGGGUCAUGGCAGGUGGGGCGCGAACGACAUGCGUUGAACAUCGUAUUCAUUCUCACGGUAGAACAACGAAAUGACGUUAGCAUACGCUAGCAGGUAGCGACUAGCCAAAGUCUCCACCGUCUGUUGUGUACAUAAGACCUCGCUUCACGUGGGGCGUGAAAAUUUCAUCUGGUGAGGUGGGGUAUGAUGGGGAAAAGUUUGAGAGCCACUGGUUUAUGGGUUUCAGUGACACAGAUCUGUCAAUGUGUAGCACAUGUACAGGAACACAGUGCACCUCUGUAUGUAUUGUUAAAUGGAUAUUUAACUUGUUGCACAUUUUUUAAGAUAUUGCAAUAUUUCUACAGGCAUUGUUCUCUCAGUCCUAAAUGCGGACUUGAUUUUAUCUAAAGCAAAAUAUCCACUAAAUAUUUUCACAGACCCCCUCGAACACAAAACACUCGACUCCUGAGUGGGUGUGGAAAUAUUUAAGUAAGGAAGAAGAUUUAUAAUUAUGUUGAAAAUGAUAAUUGCUUUGUGUAUGUAAUCAGUACAGGCCUUGAUGGGAUCAUACGAAGCACUGUCUGCCUGUGUGUUUUUAGGGAUUUUGGGUGUCAUGCUCUGUUAUUUUUUUAGUGUUUUUUCUAUUUCACUUUUCCAGAAUAACCUCUAGCAGCUGUGGAUGAUUUUGCCACCUCUCAGUCUUCCUUAAUAGUUCACCAGAUAACAUUUUUGCCAUUUCAGUUGAAUAUGUCUAAUGUGUUUACAUCUAAUGACAGUUGAGUCCUGGAUUUGACAGGGAGAGAAAUCUGUGAAUGAAACCAACCCUUUAUUCUCACAUCAGUGCUUUAACUCUUUAUUUUCUACUCCAUUGUAAAGCACAUUUAAGUCUUACUGAAGUCAGUUUUACAGCUUAAUCUCAAUUUUGCCUUAUUAGGCAUCCAUGAUUUGUAUGUUAUUUCAACAUGUACAUGCAAUUUUUGGCAUUUUGUUUAUUGAUUGUUUUUGCUUUUGUUUGCUGUAGUAGUGGAUACCAUUAAAAAAAAAAAAAAAAGUCCUGGAAAAACCACAUAUCCCGAAAUCUUCACAGGAAGUUAAAAAGCAAAUCUCCAUUAAAGAGGGCCGAUUCAAGUGUCCUACCUUGCCUAUGCAUCACUAAUAUAUAAACCAGUAUUACCUGUCUUUUAUGCCACUCACAGAAACCUGAUGAUUGAUUUUCAAGGAUAUGAGGAUAUUUUCCAGGACACGGCGAGUAGUAGACUCACUCUUGUUUUUAUUUGCACAUGUCGUCUGGCUGGUUCAGAUGAUGAUCACUCAGAAAAAACUCUUUAAUUUAAUCUUUCAGAUGAGUUUAAUUAUUUAAGAUAUUAGGGAGUUCAUCUGUAAAUGGUUAUGAAAGACAGAUGCAUCUUUUUGGUUUCUCUUUUUUUUUUUCCCUCUCCAUGUGAUUGUUAUCAUACAUGAGGUAAGAGGAUUUCACAUAGAAGUGUGUUUCUCCUGUCUUUUUUUUUCUCCAAAAGCUUCUGAACACCAUCAUCUGGGCCAUAGUUUAUUUCUGCUUUCAUUAUUUGUCCUUACAGUUUGUGCCACUGCUGUCAGUAUCAUCUUUUUCAUGCAAAGAUUGGUAACAGGUGUUUAAUCUGUAAGCAUGGUAUGCAUAUUCAUGUCCUUUUUUUCCCUCUCUUGUUUUUGCAGAAAAACAUUAUAAAACAGAUGAAUAGAAAUCCA